AUGAAUACUGAAGCACACGUUGCACAAUUCUUGAAGGAUAAUGGCUACACGGAAACAUUAAGGGUAUUUGAACGGGAAUAUGGAAAGCCAUUCUCUAAUUCUCCAGAUGAACCAUUGGAGAGUAUAAUUGAAGAUAGAUAUAAUUACAAGACAUUGAAUGCUAAAACUGAGGAUUCGGAGAUCAACGCGUCUCUUAGUAAGGAGUUGAAUGAAAUUCUUCAUAACCAGGUUGAUGAAUGGUCGGUGCCAUAUCCAAAGGACCCCGAAUUAGUAAGUGAUUCAAUUGAUGGACUUGUCAUCUCAUCGUGCUUGGUAUUCUGCAAAAAUACACCAAUUCUAUUCCUUGGUACCUCAAACACAAAACUCUAUGUAAUAAAUUUACUGUUAAAAGAAACUAUUCAAGAAUCGAGUGCUUUUAUUGGAAAGUGUGUUAUCAAAAACAUAACUAGCGCAUCACACAACAAAUUAGUGUUCCUGGGAAUGAACGGAAAACUACAUUUAUGUGAAUACAACUACGGAGAAUCAUUUGAAAUAAGAAUAAUUGACGAAAUACAGGCACAUCCCAGACUUAUCGUCGACACAAAAUGCAUUCAGUUUAACAACACCACCUACGUGUUUACCCUUGGAUGGGAUUUCACGUUGAAGGUCUUCACUGCCCAAGACAAACUUAAUCUCGUUACCGAAUACAAACUACCUACACAAGGGACUUGUAUCGAUGUCACUAUCCUUAACAAUAAGAUCGCUCUAGUGGUUGGGCUUAACGAAACUACAUUGUUGAGUGUGUUCCAUCUCACCGAAAAUGACUUAGUGCUACUGUAUAAAAUCUCGCUCAACGAUGCACAGUUUACUGUAUCGACAUUUACUCCUCGUUGCAUAACCAUACAAUCCCUCUCUCUGGGAGUUCCGUUGAUUGCUGUGGCUACUUCUCAUGAACCAUAUAUGCGGUUAAUUAUAGUUCCUUUAAAGGAUGCACCGGCUAUUGAUUCCGGCUCGAUAGAGCGAGAUCAAAUCUUGAAAAAUUUAUCCACCCUCUCUCCGCAAGAUAAAUAUUCGCAACCCAUAAUUCGUUGGAAGCUGCCUAAAAACCUGAAGCACAACGGUGUCUGGAUCGUUGGUGAGGAUGGAACAAUCAGGGGUAUUGACCUCGUCCAAGAAAGAGAAAUUACAAGCUAUCAACAACAUGAUGGCAGAAUAAAGUCCUUUACCCUGGCCGAUGACAUACUCAUAACCUGUGGGACGGAUAAGCAUGUAUAUCAAUGGGUAUAG